CUGGCCACAUGCAUGCACUAGUUUUUUUAUUUAAAUUUUGGCAAGCUUGUACAGUAUCAUUAUUAUGAAAAACCGGUUUGGCGAAUUUCUCACUUUGUUUACCUUGUUUCUUUUGACUGCCUUUUGUCAUGUUUUUUGUUUUACUGCGAACUUCGUUACUUUAAUAUAAAUACACAUUUUGGUGAAUCAAUACAUUUUACAUGUACAGAUCUAAAUAUGUCCGAUUAAGCGAUUCAGAUAAUUUCUCCUAAAAUUACGAUUAUUAAUCUGAAAUCUUCAUAAUUUUCACGAGUAGGAUUUGAAAUGGUCGAACCGAGUGAGGAAGAGCGGAUCCUGAUAAGCCAGCUUCGUGAGCACGUGUACGACAUUCUAAAAACUGAGGAACAACGAUCUGAUCAUUUUGUCAUGAGAUGGCUUCGAGCUCGAAACGGGGAUUUGGACCAAGCCGAAGACAUGAUUCGAAAGUCGUUCGAGUGGAGAACUGAGAACAACGUCGACUCUGCGUUGAAAAAGCCCUUGGAUCCCUUCAUCAAGGCGACGUUUCCAUACUCUUUGCGCGGAAAAGACCUUCAAGGUCGCCCCGUGUUUGAAGUCUGUUUAGGAGACUGGGACAUUCGCAAAGCCAUUGACGAGGGGAAGGAGGAGGAGUUCCUCCACCUCGUCCACUACGUUCUGGAAGAAAUUGUGGAGGAGAUUCGUGCGAGUAAUGACAGCGAAGAAGGAUCCUCGACCAGCAAAAAAAUGAAGGACGGAGAAGGGGGGUCUCCGUCGUCGCCAUUUCCCAACACGCAGUUUACCUACCUCGUGAACUGGGAGGGUUACACUUAUUCUCAACUUCUCCACUGGAGAGCUGUCCAACACCUUCUCAAGUUUGCCUCCCAGUACGAAGCUCACUAUCCGGAGAUCAUGUACAAGGCCGUCUUUAUCAAUUGUCCAGCCAUUUUUCCACUCUUUCUCUCCCUCCUCAAAACCAUUCUGGCUCAAAAGACGCUCUCCAAGAUUGAGAUGUUUGGUUCGAAUCGGGACGAGUGGGAGCCAGCCUUGGACGCUCUGGUCGAGGAAAAGGAACGCAGUGAAAGCUUUGGUGGCUCCUUGUACCACUUGUGAUUCGAAUGUAUCUACAUAAUUACGUAAUUUGCAUUUAUUUCUGCUCAAUUUUGAGACCAAAUUUUAAAAUAUUUUGAUGAAAAGAAAUAAUAAAUCUGCGGACGAGUUCUACACCGAUUAAUAAUAAAUAAAUAUACGAGACAA